CUGCCCCACAUCUCUGGGUCUGCCCCACACCAGGUGCUGCUCUACGGGCAGCUCUACCGCAUCUCGCUGGAGCUGGAGCUCCCGGAGUCACCCCCCAACCGGGCCCUGGGGAUGUUCAUGGUCAACAUCAGCUGCUACGGGCCCCACGGCCGCCCCAUAGCGACCGCCGCCCGCGCCACGAUGCUCCAUUACCGCUCCCCGCUGCUCCGCACCCUCCACACCGUGGCCUUCGCCGGACUCUUCCUCGGGGGCUUCGCGGAGCAGACGCAGACGCUGGAGGUGGAGCUUUGCUCCCGCUACCGGGAGGACCCCUACCUGCCGACGGCGGGGGCGGUGCUGCAGAUCCAGAGCAAACGGGUUCAAUUCUAUGGGGCUCGGCUCCGCGUCCAGGCGCGAUUCAGCGGCAUCAGGUACCUCCUGCCCCACAUCCCAUCCCAGCCCCGUAGACCCAUACGGCUUCACCGGAGCCGGAGCUGCCGCCUCCGCCCGCCCCGGGCCCGACAUGGCGGCGCCGGAAGGGAAGGCCGCGUGCAACCGCCAAAAAGGGCCGUGCGCAACAGCGCUCCGUGUGCAACGGAGUAA